CUCUCCUGUUACCUGCCGAAUCUCCCAGCUAUUGCUGCCUCUGCCACUCUCCUCCUGGUACCUUUCUUCAUCCGUCAUUCAGCAUAGGGUUCAAAGGUGUGUCCGGAUUAGGGGUCAUCUGGGGUCGGCUUCUGCACAAAGCCAGGCAGGUGGGGCAGGAUUCCAGGGGCAGAUUCCGUAUGUUUGCAUGGAAUGUGAAUAGGGAGGACCAGGAGAGGGAGUAGGGACUGCCUGAAACAUCGCAACAUGGAGAGCUGGAAAGGAAAGUACGCCUCCGGCCUCCGCUUCUCGUUUCGGAAGCGCUACAGUACGGAGAAAGGCGGAACAGUUGACGAAGAUUGCGAAGUCAUUAGUAUUGGCCACAAGAUUGGUGACAUCUCUUACGUGAGCCAAGAAGAGGCCCAGCAGAUUGACCAGGAGUUGUUUAACGAGUAUGCCUACAGCGUGGAUCAGCUGAUGGAGCUGGCCGGGCACAGCUGUGCCGUGGCUCUCGCCAAGUCGUACCCGCUCACCUCGCUGAAGAAGGACGCAACGGUCCUGGUGUGCUGCGGUCCCGGAAACAACGGGGGAGACGGACUAGUGUGCGCAAGACAUCUUAAGAUGUUUGGCUACAACCCGUCAGUGUUCUACCCAAAGAGGACAGACAAGCCGCUGUACAAAAACCUGACCAUCCAGUGUGAGCAGCUGGACAUCCCGUUCCUGUCCCACCUCCCCAAACCACAGCUGCUCAGCGACGGCUUCAGCUACAUCGUAGACGCGUUGUUCGGAUUCAGCUUCAAGGGCGAAGUCAGGCCGCCGUUCGGCGACGUUCUGAAAACGCUGAAGGAAGUCACGGUGCCAAUAUGCAGCAUUGAUGUGCCAUCAGGUUGGGAUGUAGAGGGCGGAAACCCAGAUGGUCUCCAACCAGAGUUCCUCAUCUCCCUGACAGCGCCCAAGAAGUGUGCAGAGAAGUUUGCCGGGAGGUACCACUACCUCGGGGGAAGGUUCGUACCACCAGGGAUCAUCCAGAAAUACGAGUUGAACCUACCGACAUACCCGGGUACGGAGCCCUGCAUCAGGCUGCAUUGACACAUGGGGACAGUCUCAAGUUCUGAGUGUUUUUGUAAGGAAAAUAUCAGUUGCUAUUGAAGGUUGCAUCAUUGUGAGGUUAACGUUGUGUAGAAAUUUUUCUUAAAUUUUGAGGCAAGUUUCUGUGCAAUUUUUGAA